GAUGCCCAAGGAAAGAUGGCGGAGGGAGGAGCGGCUGAUCUGGAGACUCAGAGAGGAGAGAUCGCAGCGCUGCUCAAAACGCAGCUCCGGAAAGGAGAUACGUGGUACUUGAUAGAUAGUCACUGGUUCAAACAGUGGAAGAAAUAUGUGGGCUUUGACAGUUGGGACAAGUACCAGAUGGGAGAUCAGAAUGUCUACCCUGGACCGGUGGACAAUUCGGGUCUCCUUAAAGAUGCUGAUGUACUUGCCAUUAAGGAACAUCUUAUCGAUGAGUUGGACUACAUCCUUGUGCCCACUGAGGGCUGGAAUAAGUUAGUGAGCUGGUAUGGGCUGACUGAGAGCCAGGAACCCAUCGCCCGAAAGGUUGUUGAGCAGGGAAUGUUUGUAAAGCACUGCAAAGUGGAGGUCUACCUCACCGAACUGAAACUAUGUGAAGACAGCAACAUGGACAAUAUUGUCACCAGACGCUUCAGCAAAGCGGACACAAUAGAUAUCAUUGAAAAGGAGAUGCGCAAGCUGUUCAGCAUUCCUGACGAAAGGGAAACCAGGUUGUGGAACAAAUACAUGAGCAACACAUUUGAGCCUUUGAACAAACCAGACAGCACCAUUCAGGAUGCUGGACUCUAUCAGGGGCAGGUUCUAGUUAUAGAGCAGAAGAACGAGGAUGGAACGUGGCCUCGCGGUUCCUCCACACCAAAGUCAUCUGGUGCUUCCAAUCUCUCUGCUUUACCAAAGAUCUCCCCUACAUCUCUCACAAACAAUCAUAACAGCAGCUUCAGCAGCAGGAAUGUGAAAAACUCUAGCUAUAGCCUUCUGUCCUACCCCCCUUAUAACAGCUACGAAUACUCAGACCAGAGUAGGCAUAGUGAGAAAGAAGGCCUGUGUGGCCUCUCCAAUUUGGGCAACACCUGCUUCAUGAACUCCGCUACACAGUGUUUAAGCAGUAUUCCUCCACUCACUGAGUACUUUCUGAAGGACAAAUACCAGGAUGAACUGAAUGAGGAUAACCCUUUAGGAAUGAAAGGCGAGAUUGCCAAGGCUUACGCUGAGCUCAUCAAGCAACUCUGGUCUGGCAAAUACAGCUACGUCACCCCUAGACCUUUCAAGACCCAAGUGGGGCGCUUUGCUCCUCAGUUCUCAGGCUACCAGCAGCAGGACUCCCACGAGCUGCUGGCCUUUCUCUUGGACGGCCUUCAUGAGGACUUGAACCGCAUCAGGAAAAAGCCCUACAUUCAGCUCAAAGAUGCCGAAGGCCGGCCAGACAAGGUAGUAGCAGAGGAGGCUUGGGAGAACCACAUCAAGAGGAACGACUCCAUUAUAGUGGACAUUUUCCAUGGCCUCUUCAAGUCCACCCUAGUCUGCCCUGUGUGCUCUAAGGUCUCUGUAACGUUUGACCCUUUCUGCUACCUAACUCUUCCUCUUCCCAUGAAGAAGGAACGGACGCUGGAGGUCUACCUGGUGCGGCUGGACCCCCUUGCCAAACCCACACAGUAUAAGCUGACUGUGCCCAAAGUGGGCUACAUUUCUGACCUCUGCGCUUCUCUGUCUGCACUGUCUGGAGUACCUGCUGAAAAGAUGAUUGUCACAGACAUCUACAACCACCGGUUCCAUAGAAUCUUUGCCACUAAUGAGAACCUGAGCAGUAUAAUGGAAAGGGAUGAUAUAUAUGUGUUCGAGGUGGCGGUAAACCGGCUAGAGGAUACAGACCACGUGGUGAUCCCUGUGCACCUACGAGAGAAAUACAAGCAGUCAGGUUAUAACCACACCAGCACCCUACUGUUUGGCCAGCCCUUCCUCAUAACCGUCCCUCGCACUCUCAGUGAAGAGAAGUUCUACAACCUGCUGCUCCUCCGCCUGUGUCGCUUUGUGCGCUCAGCCCUGGAAGAGGAGGAGUCUGAUGAGACACAUUCAUCCAAGCAGCAUGCCAUCAAUGGCAAUGCCACCAAUGGUAUACUGGAGGAGGGCUCGCCCAGUGAAAUGGAGACUGAUGAGCAGGAUGAUGAGUCUAGUCAGGACCAGGAACUUCCUUCUGAAAAUGACAACAGCCAAUCAGAGGAUUCGGUGGGCGGGGACAAUGAUCUGGAGAAUGGAGUUGGCCCAGAGAACUUGACCAAAGGCCAGCAGCUCACAGGCCACAAAAAGCGACUUUUCACAUUCCAGUUCAACAACAUGGGCAAGACUGACUUGAGUUUCAUUAAAGAGGAGCCACGACAAAUACGAUUUGAUGAGGGACACCUUCGACUCAGUGACAGAUCCUAUCUCUCCUUAGACUGGGAACCAGAGAUUAAGAAGAAGUACUUUGACGAAAGUGUAGCUGAAGACUUUGAUAAGCAUGAAAGCAUGGAAUACAAACCUCAAAAAAAGGCCUUCUUCAAACUGAAGGACUGCAUUGAACUGUUCACUACCAAAGAGAAGUUAGGAGCCGAGGACCCAUGGUACUGUCCCAGCUGCAAGCAGCACCAACAGGCCACUAAGAAGUUGGACUUGUGGUCUCUGCCUCCAGUAUUGGUGGUCCAUCUUAAACGCUUCUCCUAUAGCCGCUACAUGAGGGACAAACUAGACUCUUUGGUGGACUUUCCACUGCGUGAUCUGGACAUGUCAGAGUUCCUUAUUAACCCCAACGCUGGUCCAUGCCGCUAUGAUCUCAUUGCUGUUUCCAACCACUACGGAGGCAUGGGAGGAGGACACUAUACGGCCUAUGCCAAGAACAAGGACGAUGGCAAGUGGUACAACUUCGAUGACAGCAUCGUGUCUCCGGUCAGCGAGGAUCAGAUUGUGUCCAAAGCAGCGUACGUCCUGUUCUACCAGCGUCAGGACACAGUAAAGGGUACAGGCUACUUUGCCCUAGACCGCGAGGACACGGAGGAGCAGGAGAGCACCUCGGCACAAGGGGCCAAUGCCCAGAGUGAUGAAGACGAGGAGGAGGAUGAGGAGGACCUAAAUGACAACGAGCAGGACGAAGAGCUAGAGGCUAAUCACGACAUCACCAUGAACACCAACUGAGUUGGGACAAACGUGGGGCAGCGGGUGGUGGGGGUCAUCCGAAGCCAUAUGGUGAGCAAGCGGUCCAGAGAAUCCAGUCCAGAGCCUUCGUCCUCCGCUUCUGCAGUGCCUGCAAGUGCCACGCAUCAGACUGGAACGUCCAAUCAGGGCCUUGUUUUAAUGGCCAACAUAGCAGGUUGAUUUUCCCCCCUCUCUCUCCUCCUCCCAUUUUUCCAUGUGGCUUUCUCCCUUCAGCCACACCUCAGCCAAAUAUAGAUGUCCGGAGCCCUGAUGGUGAAAAAGGAUAAGCUUGUGAAUCGGAUUUAUGGAAAUGUCGAAACACACAUCUGGAGAAUGUUCGGCAGUGUCACUCCUCAGAUUUCCCUCGUGGUAGUUUUUUUUUUUUUAAAUAUAUAUAUAUAUAUUGCAAGAGAGUGCAAGAGAGAUGCAUUUAUAAGUAGUGCUUUACUUUUAUCAUUGUUUUUGCCUUGUACAUAAUUUUGGAUGGACAGUGAACCUCUGGGUUUUAAGGAUAUUGGACUGUUUUGUUGCACAAUCACUCCAUUUGUUUUUAUAGCUAAUAUUAGUGCCACGCAUACUGCAAAGUUUACGGUCCCCAGUGUCCCCUCUAUCAGCUGCUUACGUAACUGCCUUUUAAGCAGUGGCAAUUGCAUCGACAGGCAAAUUCUCUCGAAUCAGAAGAGCACUAAUAUGUGUUGUACAAACUAUAGUGCGAGUUCAGCUUCUGUAUGCUUGGUUACAGAUUUUUAGGGUAACUUAAGCCUGGCAUAAAACGGUCUCUUGACCCCUUGACUUUCAGCUACAUCAGAAAGCAAUGCGUUCGUUAAAGGCGCAACCUAGCCCAUAGCUUUAGCGUAGCUUCAGGAUCUAAGCCUCAUUCUUCACACCUCGUUCAUCAUAGAGGCUUAUUUUAAUGAGAUUAUGAACUUUCUGGUGAUGCAAUAGAUUGUUCGUCUUUUGUCUCCAUCACCUCAGCCUUAAAUCUAAUCUCAGACUGUUGCCUUUACUUUGCACAAUUAUUACGCUGUCUGUCUGCGUUUCCCCUAACACACACCCAAAACGCACACUAGCACCUAACACACAUUCACGCAUGCGCACAAACUCAAUUGUUCAUCAUGCUCACUCUCUACCUUAAGCCCUACAAACACAGAGGCACUGACUGACUACUGUAAUCAGACAGAAAUGAGCCAGUUCUCCCAGAUUGGCAAAGAAUGUAUUUGACUGAGGUUUGUUCGCCUGCAGUUGGAUAUUUGGAUUGAUGCCUUCCUUUAAGUGUAGUGGAUGAGAAGUGAGUUGCUUCCUCUUUUUUUGUUGAAUGUGUUUUUGGGUUUGUGGGGAGGGUAGUCAGAUCAUUUCAUUGCCUUUUAUAUUAGCGAUAUAAAAAACAGGGAUACUGCUGUAUGUGUCUUCUGUCAGGGGUGGGGGGGAGUGGGCACAGGGAUAAUCAGACUGAGUGAGACUGAUUGCAUAGGCUUUAUAAAUACUGUAUAUAAGAGUUCACUCUGUGAGUGCACAUUUGAUAAAUUUAUUUAUUUAUAUGUAAUCAAACCAGUGUAUUUAAGACCACAGGACGACAGAAUAAGUAUGAUAGAGGGCUUCGUUCCAGCCAUCUAAAAGUGUCUGGGCUUUAGGUGUGCUUAAGGAUCACCUGGAGU